AAUUAAAAAUAGGAAUGGUGAAGGUAAAGGUGAAGGAAAGUGAGUGGAAGCCAGGGGCAAUCCGAUAGAAAAGGGUUUUAUUUCUUUUUCCCUUCAAUUAUUUUCUUUUCCUGUCUUUGUUGUUCAGUUCCGUUGUUGUGUUGUGUGCUGCAACACAAUCGGUGGUCUGAGAAAUCUUGUUUGUGUUGGGUUUGUUAUGGCUCGGAGAGCAGAGGAAGAGUACGAUUACCUGUUCAAGGUUGUACUGAUCGGUGAUUCCGGUGUUGGAAAAUCCAAUCUUCUGUCCCGAUUCACUCGCAACGAGUUUUGCCUCGAAUCCAAGUCCACCAUUGGAGUCGAAUUCGCCACUCGCACUCUUCAGGUGGAGGGAAGAACUGUGAAAGCUCAAAUAUGGGAUACCGCCGGACAGGAACGAUACAGAGCAAUUACCAGUGCAUACUACAGGGGUGCCCUUGGAGCUCUUCUAGUCUACGAUGUAACUAAACCAACCACAUUCGAAAACGUCAGCCGAUGGCUGAAGGAGCUAAGGGAUCAUGCCGAUGCUAACAUUGUCAUCAUGUUGAUAGGGAACAAGACCGAUCUCAAGCAUCUCAGAGCUGUUGCCACCGAGGAUGCCCAGGGUUAUUCCGAGAAGGAAGGCCUUUCUUUCAUCGAGACUUCUGCUCUCGAAGCAACUAAUGUUGAGAAGGCUUUCCAGACUAUUCUUGCAGAGAUAUACCGCAUUAUCAGUAAGAAAUCACUCUCUUCCAAUGAGCCUGCAUCUGCCAAUAUUAAAGAAGGCAUGACUAUCACUGUUGGGGGACCCCAAUCCAACGCAAGCAAGCCUUCUUGCUGUACAUCAUCUUGAAACCCCGCCUUAUACUUCCUACUUGCUCAGUAUCAUUCUUUUUUCUUAACUUAUCUGGAUUUCUUCUUAUGAUUGGUUGUGCCUGCUCAUUGCAAACCUUAUAUUAUUCAUAUUGUUGUCUUUUUGGUUUGGUUCC